CAAGGCAGCAGCGGUAAGGGAAAGAAAAAAGUAGUUGAACGGGGCGGGGGACUCGCUAAAUAAAAGUAGAUCAGCUGCUGUUGCUCUUCUGCUGGCAUGUGUGUGGACUGCUUUGGUUACAUGCACGUCCGUCGCUUACCACUCCUGCACUUCUAAGACAGGGAUAGCAGCCAAGACAGGCGUUUGCAUUCGCUAUUUGUCUGGACAGACCACCCCCCUGCAGGUUUACGCUACAGAAUGUAACUCCUAGAAAAAUUCCAUCCUCAGUUCCAACUUGGACUCUGGUAAACAGAGUUGGCUUCAGGCGUCUCCCCCUGGGCUUAAUUCAACUUCAGGGCUACUUUGCUGCAACUUCAGAGUCUUUGCUCCGGGCAUAGAAGACAUCUUAAAGGGUCAGAACCUGACACAGAGGAUGAGCUGGUUAUUGAAGAACCCUCAGAGUUCAUAGAAGAGGAAAGGCCCCGUCCACAAGGAUCAUCACCUGUGUAUGAAUAUGCCAUUCAAGAAGAUUACAGUAUUUUAGAUAAGCAACCUGAGGAAAGCUUUUAUCUUUACAAGGAAAGCACACAGAUUAAAAAGGGUAAAAGUGGAUUUGGAGCAUUUUUUGAGAAACACUUCACUGCUAAAAUGAGUCAGACAGAGGAUUUCAGCAUAACAAAUGAGUCUGAUUUAGUUGUAAAUACAGAAGCCGAAGUAGGCGCAAAAGGAAUAACUAUAAGUGGUGGAGGAAAGGAUGGCAUAUUCAUCAAGAACAUCAAGAAAGAGUCACCAGCUUCGAAGAUUCGAAAUAUUAAAGAAGGUGAUCAAAUAUUGAGUGUCACAAUAUACUUUGAUGAUGCCAAAUAUGAAGAUGUUGUGAAAAUUUUAGAGCAUUCUGAAACCUACAAAAUGCAGUUAUGCUUAAAACGCAAGCACCCGGAAACAACAUGCCUUAAGGAAGAAAACAAAAACAUUAUAUUUCAAGAUGAUGUAGAUAUAACAACGGAAAGGGGAAGAGCAAGAAAACACAGGCAACAAGACAAUAGAAUUUCAUGGCCUAAAUUCCCAUCACUAACUAAGGGGAAAAAAAUGCAGUUCAGAAGAUCUCAAAGUACACCAGAAACAGAUGAACAUAAACAAACAGAAACAAGUCCAACCAACAGUGAUGCUGAAUCUUCAUGUCAGUCUGAUGAACCUCUUCAAUCAAAAAAAAUGAAAGAGAAAAACAGAUUAUCAAUUCAAGGAACAAGGACUCUGAAGAACAAAGUGGAAGAAGAACUGAGCAUGGAAUCUACAGUAAAGCCUUCAGAACAUUUGAAAACAGAAUCAAGAUCUUCAAAGAAGUACUUAUCCAAACAGCGUUCAUUAAAUGCCAUGGACGGCAUAAAAAGUGGAAAGUCAGAAAUAUAUUCACAGGAUACCAAUGAAAGACAACUUGCAACAAGAGUGAAAAAAGAAUAUGCCUUUUCAAAUGUUAUAGGCCCUGAAGUUGAAAUCAGCCAAAGCAAAGAAAAACCUCUUAAUCUGGAUAAUUCCCUCCAGAUACAAGACAGCUCCAUAAGUAUACAAACCAUGGAAGCAGAGAACACCUUUGUAAAAUGUGAACCACAAGAAAGAAGAACAUCAAGACUUAGAUCAGAGUUGAGAGUUACUAUUAAAAGCACUGACCGAGAAGACGAGCACUUUGAGGAAGAAACAUCUCCUAAGUUCAUAAUAGUAGAAAGUAUGCCAAACGUGCUAGGUCAGACACUGAAGUAUGAUGUUUGGUCGACACAAGAUGGUACUCUGGGAUCUGAGGAUGCUUUUCAAAAAGAUGCGGAAGUUCCGCAUAUUGUAUCCUGUGUGGAUGUAAAGAGUCGUCAGCUUGACGUUGAAAUAAACACACAGAAAAGUGACAUGUUUACAUCUAGACUUAAAUUUGAUAUUAUACAACCUAAUAGUGAUAUCAAAGAUGAAAAAAUAGGAGAUUACACAAAUAUUGAUGCAAUCAAUAGAGACAAAGGUAAAAAUGAACAAAACAGAACAAUAACUCAACAAGGCGAUAUAGCCACAAUCUCAUAUAUACAAAAGACACACAUAGCAGGUGAAGAAGAAAUGAUUAAAAUGCAUGAUACACUUACAGACCCAAGAAAUAUGCCUAAACUAAAAAUGAAGGAAAAGAAGCAGAGUGAGGACACAUUAUUACACGAAACAACUAUUUGUACUACAUCACAUAUCCAAAGAGGUGGGAUGAAAGAAAUGAAAGAUUCAUUAGAGGUUGAAAAAACUUCACUUUUACCUACUAAAGAAAAAAUAGUAUUUUCUAAAGCAAGGGAAGAGACCCAACGAGGUGCAUUACCAGAAAUAGGACAGUUUAGAACACCCGAAGAAAAAACUCUUAAAUUUGAUAUUUCUGAAAAAGAUUUUGAAUCAAAGGGGCCAAAACAAAUCCAACUAGGAAAACCCGAACCUACUACAUAUCUAAAGACAGAAGCUAGUGAAAUUUGUUGUGAAAGAACAGAUACUGAAUGUCUGAAAGCAAAGGAAACACUCAAUGAAGCUGGAGGGGAUGUUCAAACAUUAUCAAUGGAUGACAGAGAAAAUAAAAAGAAGAAAGGAAAAUUCAAAAUACCUCACUUUAAAAUGCCUUCAUUUGAAAUAAAUGAAUCAACAGAAAAACUUCCAGCAGAUGCAGAAGAUACAAGUACAAAAAAAGUAGACAUUAAACAGCUGAAAACAGAUAUGGAAAAGAAAGAUCCUGAAAUCCAAAAAACUGAAAGCGAAAAGGAUUUCACGCUCUCAAAACCUAAAAACAUCGUCAUGGUCAGUGAGCAUUCUGCUGAAGUUAAAGAACCAAUGGAACCACUCGAUGAAAAAAGUAGUGUAAGAAAAUUCAAAUUGCCAAAAAGCUCAGAUAUUGAUAUCCAAGGUCCCAAAAUGAAGGGUAAAGACAUAAAAAGGAAUAUACAUGACCAAACAACUGAGACAAAGUUCUCAAAAGCAAAAACAGAAGUCAAAAUUCCACAUGUGCAAGCUCAGACUUUAUCUUUAGAAAAUGAAGAAAAAAGCAAGGAAAAUGGAAAAUUCAAGAUGCAAGAAAUUCAUAUGCCACAAUUUGGCAUUUCUAUAUCUAAAGGUUCAAGCAAAGAGGGAAAAGGGUUUGAGUCUACAUCCAAAAUAGAUAUCACAUCUCCAAAAGUAGAACUUGACGUGAGGAAACAGCACAUCUCAAAGGAAGGUAAAGCUGAAGUGAAUGUGACUGUCCCCACAUUUUCAAUAUCGACAACAAAGCCUUCUGGUAACUUGGUAACAGGGGAGCCCAGCAUUAAAUUAACAAAACCUGAAGGUGACAUUAAAGUUGAUAAAGAACAAGUCCUAGAGGCAGAGAUGCCGGAUGUGGACGUUUCAAUACCAACGACCAAGGAAAAACAAAUUUCGAUGACAUUGAAAGAAACGGGCAUAACCUUAACAGAACCUAAACUAAAACAUGGAGCAAUACAGGGGGGUACUGAAGAAACAAUCAUGGAAGAUAAGGAAAAAGAUGGAAAACAAAUAAAAUUCAAGAUACCCCAGGUGAAAAUGUCAACAUUUGGAGUGUCAGUCUCGGCAGAGAAAGUGCCUAAAGAAGAAAUACAUGUGGGAGAGAUCAAACCUGAGGUUUCAUUACCAGCAGUAGCAGUUGAUAUUAAAGGUCCUCAAGUCACAACUGUUACAACUGGUCUUGAUGUCAGUGGAGGAAGACCUGAAAUAGAUCUUGCCUCACAAAAUAUUUCUGUGACAGCUCCACAAACAGAUGUCCAACUACCAUCAAUAAUGACACACCUCCAAAUCAGAGAAGUACAACUAAUGGAACCCGGACAGCCAGAGCUUGUGGAGACCGUUCCAGGUAUGAAAAAUUUUGAUGUUACCGUUCCUGUGGUGGAAACAGACAUUCAUUUGCCGAAAAUCGAGAAAACAAAGAAAGAAAUCAGAGAAGAAACUGAAGCAUCAUCAAAGAAAGACACUAAAAAGGAGAAGAAGAAAGGAAAAUUCAAAAUGCCUUCAUUUGGAUCUUCAGCAUCACCAGAAAAACUUCCAAAAGAUGCAGUUGAUGCUGGCACAGCAAAAGUAGACAUUACACUCCCAAAAGCGGAUUUGGAAAUUAAAGGUCCCGAAGUCCAAGUGAGUGAUCAAGAGGAUUCAACGCUGUCAAAACCUAAACAGGUACUCAGUGUAACUAUGCCGUCUGUUGAAGUUGAAGAGAGAGAUGUUGAUAUUAAAUUACCAGGAGAAACGUUAGAAGAAAAGGGUAAAGAAAGCAAAUUCAAAUUACCAAAAAUCCCUGACUUUGAUAUUGCAUUCUCUAAAAUAAAGGGAACAGAUGUGAAAUCGGCUGCGAAUGGGCCAGGUACUGAGACAAAACUUUCUGAGGCAGAAAUCAAAGUCAAAGGUCUAGAUGGAGAGUCCGAGAUUCUUUCUUCAGAAGAUGCAAAAAUGAAAAUGGAAAAGGGAAAAUUCAAGAUGCCAGAAAUUCAUAUGCCAAAAUUUGGCAUUUCUUUCUCUAAAGGUUCAAGCAAACAGAGUAAAGGAGAUGAGGCUACAUCCAAAACAGAUAUCACAUCUCCAAAAGUAGAACUUGAUGUGAAGAAACCACACAUCUCAACAGAAGGUAAAGCUGAAGUGAAUUUGACUACCCCUGAAAUUUCAAUAUCGAAAACAAAGCCAUCUGUUGACCUGGUAACAGGGGAGCUUGGCAUUAAAGUACCAAGACCUGAAGGUGACAUUAAAGUUGACAGGGAACAAGUCCUAGAGGCAAAGAUUCCAGAUAUAGACGUUUCACUACCUACCACGAAGGAAAAACAAACUGCAAUGACAUUGAAAGAAACAGACAUCAAUUUAACAAACCCUAAACUAAAAGCAGGAGCAAUAAAGGGGGAUAAUGAACAAGCAGUCCAGGAACAAAAAGAAACAGAUGGAAAAGAAAUAAAAUUCAAAAUGCCCAAUGUGAAAUGGCAAACAUUUGGAGUGUCAGUCUCGGAAGAAAAAGUUCCUAAACAAGAAAUGCAUGUGGGAGUGAUCAAACCUGAGGUUUCAAUACCAGCCGUAGCUGUUGAUGUUAAAGAAAUUCAAGUAACAACUGUUACAACUGGUCUUGAUGUCAGUAGAGGAAGACCUGGCAUUGAUCUCGCCAAACAAACUAUUUGUGUGGCAGCUCCACAAAUAGAUGCCCAACCACCAUCAAUAACGACACGCCUCCAAACCAGACAAGUACAAUUAAAGGAACCCGUACAGCCAGAGCUUGGGGAGUACAUUCCAGGUACGAAAAGUUUUGCUGUUACGGUUCAUGGUGUUGAAACAGACAUUAAUUUGGAGAAAAUUGAGAAAACAAAAAAAGAAACAAGAGAAGAAAUUGAAGCAUCAUCAAAGGAAGACAUUGAAAAAGAGAAGAAGAAAGGAAAAUUCAAAAUGCCUCACUUUAAAAUGCCUUCAUUUGGAUCUUCAGCAUCACCAGAAAAACUUCCAAAAGAUGCAGUUGAUGCUGGCUCAGCAAAAGUAGACAUUACACUCCCAAAAGCGGAUUUGGAAAUUAAAGGUCCCAAAGUCCAAGUGAGUGAAGAUCAAGAGGCUUCAAUGCUGUCAAAACCUGAACAGGUACUCACUGUAACUAUGCCGUCUGUUGAAGUUGAAGAGAGAGAUGUUGAUAUUAAAUUACCAGGAGAAACGUUAGAAGAAAAGGGUAAAGAAAGCAAAUUCAAAUUACCAAAAAUCCCUGACUUUGAUAUUGCAUUCCCUAACAUAAAGAGCUCAGACGUGAAAUCGGCUGUGCAAGAGUCAGAUACUGAGACAAAACUUCCUGCGGCAGAAAUCGAAGUCAAAGGUCUAGAUGGAGAGUCUGAGAUUCUUUCUUCAGAAGAUGCAGAAUUGAAAAUGGAAAAGGGAAAAUUCAAGAUGCCAGAAAUUCAUAUGUCAAAAUUUAGCAUUUCUUUCUCUAAAAGUUCAAGCAAACAGGGUAAAGGAGAUGAGUCUACAACCAAAAUAGAUAUCACAUCUCCAAAAGUAGAACUUGACAUUAAGAAACCACAGAUCUUAACAGAAAGUAAAGCUAAAGUGAAGGUGACUGCCCCUGAAAUUUCAAUAUCGACAACAAAGCCUUCUGGUGACCUGGUAACAGGGGAGCUCGGCAUUAAUGUAACAAGACUGGAAGGUGACAUUAAAGUUGACAGAGAACAAGUCCUAGAUGGGGAGAUGCCAGAUGUGAACGUUUCACUAUCUACCACUAAGGAAAAACAAAUUGCUAUGACGUUGAAAGAAACGGAUAUCACCUUAACAAAACCUAAAGUAAAACCUGCAGCAAUACAAGGGGAUACUGAACAAGAAAUCGUGGAAGAUAAGGAAAAAGAUGGAAAACAAAUAAAAUUCAAGAUGCCCCAGGUGAAAAUGCCAAUGUUUGAAGUGUCAGUCUCGGCAGAGAAAGUGCCUAAAGAAGAAAUACAUGUGGGAGAGAUCAAACCUGAAGUUUCAUUACCAGCAGUAGCCGUUGAUUUUAAAGGUCCUCAAGUGACAACUGUUACAACUGGUCUUGAUGUCAGUGGAGGAAGACCUGAAAUCGAUCUCGCCUCACAAAAUAUUUCUGUGACAGCUCCACAAAUAGAUGUCCAACUACCAUCAAUAACGACACGCCUCCAAAGCAAAGAAGUACAACUAAAGGAACCCGAACAGCCAGAGCUUGUGGAGUCCGUUCCAGGUAUGAAAAAUUUUGAUGUUACCGUUCCUGGUGUUGAAACAGACAUUCAUUUGCUAAAAAUCGAGAAAACAAAGAAAGAAACCAGAGAAGAAAUUGAAGCAUCAUCAAAGGAAGACACUGAAAAGGAGAAGAAGAAAGGAAAAUUCAAAAUGCCUCAUUUUAAAAUGCCUUCAUUUGGAUCUUCAGCAUCACCAGAAAAACUUCCAAAAGAUGCAGUUGAUGCUGGCUCAGCAAAAGUAGACAUUAAACUCCCAAAAGCGGAUUUGGAAAUUAAAGGUCCCAAAGUCCAAGUGAGUGAAGAUCAAGAGGCUUCAAUGCUGUCAAAACCUGAACAGGUACUCACUGUAACUAUGCCGUCUGUUGAAGUUGAAGAGAGAGAUGUUGAUAUUAAAUUACCAGGAGAAACGUUAGAAGAAAAGGGUAAAGAAAGCAAAUUCAAAUUGCCAAAAAUCCCUGACUUUGAUAUUGCAUUCCCUAAAAUAAAGAGCUCAGACGUGAAAUCGGCUGUGCAAGAGUCAGGUACUGAGAUAAAACUUCCUGCGGCAGAAAUUGAAGUCAAAGGUCUAGAUGGAGAGUCUGAGAUUCUUUCUUCAGAAGAUGCAGAAUUGAAAAUGGAAAAGGGAAAAUUCAAGAUCCCAGAACUUCAUAUGCCAAAAUUUGGCAUUUCUUUCUCUAAAGGUUCAACCAAACAGGGUAAAGGAGAUGAGUCUACAACCAAAAUAGAUAUCACAUCUUCAAAAGUAGAACUUGACAUUAAGAAACCGCAGAUCUUAACAGAAAGUAAAGCUGAAGUGAAGGUGACUACCCCUGAACUUUCAAUAUCGACAACAAAGCCUUCUGGUGACCUGGUAACAGGGGAGCUCGGCAUUAAAGUACCAAGACCUGAAGGUGACAUUAAAGUUGACAGAGAACAAAUCCUGGAGGCGAAGAUGCCAGAUGUGGACGUUUCACUACCUAACACUGAGGAAAAACAAAUUGCGAUGACAUUGAAAGAAGCAGACACCACCAUAACAAAACCUAAACUAAAACCCGGAGCAAUACAGGGGGAUACUGAACAAGCAAUCCUGGAAGAAAAAGAAACAGAUGGAAAAGAAAUAAAAUUCAAAAUGCCCAAUGUGAAAUGGCAAACAUUUGGAGUGUCAGUCUCGGAGGAAAAAGUUCCUAAACAAGAAAUGCAUGUGGGAGUGAUCAAACCUGAGGUUUCAGUACCAGCCGUAGCUGUUGAUGUUGAAGGUCCUAAAGUGACAACUGUUACAAAUGGUCUGGAUGUCAGUGGCGCAAGACCUGACAUCGAUCUCGCCACACAAAAUAUUUCUGUGGCAGCUCCACAAAUAGAUGUCCAACUACCAUCAAAAACAACACACCUCCAAACCAGACAAGUACAAUUAAAGGAACCCGUACAGCCAGAGCUUGGGGAGUACAUUCCAGGUAUGAAAAGUUUUGAUGUUACAGUUCAUGGUGUUGAAACAGACAUUCAUUUGCCGAAAAUUGAGAAAACAAAAAAAGAAACAAGACAAGAAAUUGAAGCAUCAUCAAAGGAAGACACUGAAAAAGAGAAGAAGAAAGGAAAAUUCAAAAUGCCUCAUUUUAAAAUGCCUUCAUUUGGAUCUUCAGCAUCACCAGAAAAACUUCCAAAAGAUGCAGUUGAUGCUGGCUCAGUAAAAGUAGACAUUAAACUCCCAAAAGCGGAUUUGGAAAUUAAAGGUCCCAAAGUGCAAGUGAGUGAAGUUCAAGAGGCUUCAAUGCUGUCAAAACCUGAACAGGUACUCACUGUAACUAUGCCGUCUGUUGAAGUUGAAGAGAGAGAUGUUGAUAUUAAAUUACCAGGAGAAACGUUAGAAGAAAAGGGUAAAGAAAGCAAAUUCAAAUUGCCAAAAAUCCCUGACUUUGAUAUCGCAUUCCCUAAAAUAAAGGGCCCAGAUGUGAAAUGGGCUGCGAAUGAGCCUUGUACUGAGACAAAACUUCCUGAGGCAGAAAUCGAAGUCAAAGGUCUAGAUGGAGAGUCUGAGAUUCUUUCUUCAGAAGAUGCAGAAUUGAAAAUGGAAAAGGGAAAAUUCAAGAUCCCAGAACUUCAUAUGCCAAAAUUUGGCAUUUCUUUCUCUAAAGGUUCAACCAAACAGGGUAAAGGAGAUGAGUCUACAACCAAAAUAGAUAUCACAUCUUCAAAAGUAGAACUUGACAUUAAGAAACCGCAGAUCUUAACAGAAAGUAAAGCUGAAGUGAAGGUGACUACCCCUGAACUUUCAAUAUCGACAACAAAGCCUUCUGGUGACCUGGUAACAGGGGAGCUCGGCAUUAAAGUACCAAGACCUGAAGGUGACAUUAAAGUUGACAGAGAACAAAUUCUGGAGGCGGAGAUGCCAGAUGUGGACAUUUCACUACCUACCACUGAGGAAAAACAAAUUGCGAUGACAUUAAAAGAAGCGGACACCACCAUAACAAAACCUAAACUAAAACCUGCAGCAAUGCAAGUGGAUACUGAACGAGAAAUCGUGGAAGAUAAGGAAAAAGAUGGAAAACAAAUAAAAUUCAAGAUGCCCCAGGUGAAAAUGCCAAAGUUUGAAGUGUCAGUCUCGGCAGAGAAAGUGCCUAAAGAAGAAAUACAUGUGGGAGAGAUUAAACCUGAAGUUUCAUUACCAGUAGUAGCCGUUGAUUUUAAAGGUCCUCAAGUGACAACUGUUACAACUGGUCUUGAUGUCAGUGGAGCAAGGCCUGAAAUCGAUCUCGCCUCACAAAAUAUUUCUGUGACAGCUCCACAAAUAGAUGUCCAAUUACCAUCAAUAACGACACGCCUCCAAAGCAAAGAAGUACAACUAAAGGAACCCGAACAGCCAGAGCUUGUGGAGUACGUUCCAGGUAUGAAAAAUUUUGAUGUUACCGUUCCUGGUGUUGAAACAGACAUUCAUUUGCCAAAAAUCGAGAAAACAAAGAGAGAAACCGGAGAAGAAAUUGAAGCAUCAUCAAAGGAAGACACUGAAAAGGAGAAGAAGAAAGAAAAAUUCAAAAUGCCUCAUUUUAAAAUGCCUUCAUUUGGAUCUUCAGCAUCACCAGAAAAACUUCCAAAAGAUGCAGUUGAAGCUGGCUCAGCAAAAGUAGACAUUACACUCCCAAAAGCGGAUUUGGAAAUGAAAGGUCCCAAAGUCCAAGUGAGUGAAGAUCAAAAGGUUUCAAUGCUGUCAAAACCUGAACAGGUACUCACUGUAACUAUGCCGUCUGUUGAAGUUGAAGAGAGAGAUGUUGAUAUUAAAUUACCAGGAGAAACGUUAGAAGAAAAGGGUAAAGAAAGCAAAUUCAAAUUGCCAAAAUUCCUUGACUUUGAUAUCGCAUUCCCUAAAAUAAAGAGCUCAGACGUGAAAUCGGCUGUGCAUGAGCCAGGAACUGAGAUAAAACUUCCUGAGGCAGAAAUCGAAGUCAAAGGUUUGGAUGGAGAGCCUGAGAUUCUUUCUUCAGAAGAUGCAGAAUUGAAAAUGGAAAAGGGAAGAUUCAAGAUGUCACAAAUUCAUAUGCCAAAAUUUGGCAUUUCUUUUUCUAAAGGUUCAAGUAAACAGGAUAAAGGAGAUGAAUCUACAUCCAAAAUAGAUAUCACAUCUCCAAAAGUAGAACUUGAUGUGGAGAAACCGCAGAUCUCAACAGAAGGUAAAGCUGAAGUGAAGGUGACUGCCCAUGAAUUUUCAAUAUCAACAAAAAAGCCUUCUGCUGACCUGGUAACAGGGGAGCUCGGCAUUAAAGUACCAAGACCUAAAGGUGACAUUAAAGUUGACAGAGAACAAAUUCUGGAGGCGGAGAUGCCAGAUGUGGACAUUUCACUACCUACCACUGAGGAAAAACAAAUUGCGAUGACAUUAAAAGAAGCGGACACCACCAUAACAAAACCUAAACUAAAACCUGCAGCAAUGCAAGUGGAUACUGAACGAGAAAUCGUGGAAGAUAAGGAUAAAGAUGGAAAACAAAUAAAAUUCAAGAUGCCCCAGGUGAAAAUGCCAAAGUUUGAAGUGUCAGUCUCGGCAGAGAAAGUGCCUAAAGAAGAAAUACAUGUGGGAGAGAUUAAACCUGAAGUUUCAUUACCAGUAGUAGCCGUUGAUUUUAAAGGUCCUCAAGUGACAACUGUUACAACUGGUCUUGAUGUCAGUGGAGCAAGGCCUGAAAUCGAUCUCGCCUCACAAAAUAUUUCUGUGACAGCUCCACAAAUACAUGUCCAAUUACCAUCAAUAACGACACGCCUCCAAAGCAAAGAAGUACAACUAAAGGAACCCGAACAGCCAGAGCUUGUGGAGUACGUUCCAGGUAUGAAAAAUUUUGAUGUUACCGUUCCUGGUGUUGAAACAGACAUUCAUUUGCCAAAAAUCGAGAAAACAAAGAGAGAAACCGGAGAACAAAUUGAAGCAUCAUCAAAGGAAGACACUGAAAAGGAGAAGAAGAAAGAAAAAUUCAAAAUGCCUCAUUUUAAAAUGCCUUCAUUUGGAUCUUCAGCAUCACCAGAAAAACUUCCAAAAGAUGCAGUUGAAGCUGGCUCAGCAAAGUAGACAUUACACUC